AUGAAAUUCCUUUUAGGAAUAACAAAUGCAGAUCCAAACUAUUGGAUACAAGUACAUCGACUAGAGCAUGGUGAUGGAGGAAUCCUAGACCUUGAUGACAUUCUUUGUGAUGUAGCUGAUGACAAAGACAGACUUGUAGCCGUAUUUGACGAACAAGAUCCACAUCAUGGAGGCGAUGGCACCAGUGCCAGCUCAACUGGCACUCAAAGUCCAGAGAUUUUUGGCAGUGAACUUGGCUCCAACACCACUUCAGCCUUUCAGCCUUAUCAAGCAACAAGUGAAAUUGAGGUCACACCUUCAGUGCUUCGUGCAAAUAUGCCUCUCCAUGUGCGGCGUAGCAGUGAUCCUGCACUGGUUGGUCUUUCAACCUCUGUGUGUGAUACAAAGUUUCCUGCAGAAGAGCCAUCACGAAAAAAUCCUACAAGAUGGUCCACAACAGCAGGCUUCCUCAAACAGAAUGCCCCUGGGGGACUACCCACUAGUCAUGAGAGAAAGAAAGAUGAAAACUACAGAAGCCUACCACGGGAUGCUAGUAGCUGGUCUAACCAGUUUCAGAGAGACAAUGCUCGCUCAUCGUUAAGUGCCAGUCAUCCCAUGGUGGACAAGUGGCUGGAGAGGCAAGAACAGGAUGAAGAUGGGGCAGAUGAGGACAGCAGUAGAGUUGAACCAGUUGGACAUGCAGAUACUGGUUUGGAAAAUGCAACAAAUUUUUCCCUGGAUGAUAUGGUAAAGCUCGUAGAAGUCUCCAACGACGGUGGGCCUCUGGGAAUCCAUGUAGUGCCUUUCAGUGCCCGAGGCGGAAGAACCCUGGGGUUAUUAGUAAAACGAUUGGAGAAAGGUGGAAAAGCUGAACAAGAAAACCUUUUUCAUGAGAAUGAUUGUAUUGUCAGGAUUAAUGAUGGAGACCUUCGCAAUAGGAGAUUUGAACAAGCACAACAUAUGUUUCGUCAAGCCAUGCGUGCACCCAUCAUGUGGUUCCAUGUGGUUCCUGCAGCAAAUAAAGAGCAGUAUGAACAGUUAUCUCAAAGUGAAAAGAACACUUACUACUCCAGCCGGUUUAGCCCUGAUUCCCAGUAUGCUGACAACAAAAGUAUUAACAAUACUGGACUUCACACUUUACAAAGAAUAUCUAGAGCGGGUAACCAGUCAGACCAGACGGACUCUUACUUGCAGCUACCUCACAGUGUGAAUUCAUCAGGGAAACCACCAUCAGGCCUGGCUCCAUCCCCUCAAAAAGUUCUUACCUCCACUGCAAACAGUGGAUAUAACACCAAAAGGAUAGGAAAGAGAAUUAAUAUGCAGCUAAGAAAAGGUACAGAAGGCUUAGGGUUUAGUAUCACUUCAAGAGAUGUACCAAUUGGUGGCUCAGCUCCAAUUUAUGUGAAGAACAUCCUUCCCAGAGGUGCAGCCAUUCAAGAUGGGAGACUAAAGGCUGGAGACCGAUUGAUUGAGGUAAAUGGGGUCGACUUAACAGGCAAAACCCAAGAGGAAGUUGUCUCCCUGCUGAGAAGCACCAAGAUGGGAGGGACUGUGAGCCUUUUGAUUUUUCGUCAGGAAGAAGCAUUCCAUCCAAGGGAACUGAGUGCAGAGCAAAGCCAGUCACAAAUUCCAAAGGAAACGAAAGCAGAAGAAGAAGAUCUUGUUCUUACACCUGAUGGCACCAGGGAAUUCCUGACAUUUGAAGUUCCACUUAAUGAUUCUGGUUCAGCUGGACUUGGUGUCAGUGUCAAAGGUAACCGGUCAAAAGAAAACCAUGCAGACCUAGGAAUCUUUGUGAAGUCUAUCAUUAAUGGAGGAGCAGCUUCUAAGGAUGGCAGGCUUCGAGUGAACGAUCAGUUAAUAGCAGUAAAUGGAGAAUCCUUAUUGGGUAAGACAAACCAGGAUGCUAUGGAAACCCUAAGAAGGUCCAUGUCUACAGAAGGAAACAAACGAGGAAUGAUUCAGCUUAUUGUGGCUAGACGAAUAAGUAAAAGCAAUGAGUUGGAGUCACCUGGGAGCCCCCCAGGGCCAGAGCUGCCUGUAGAGACUAUACUGGAUGACAGGGAACGCAGGAUUUCCCAUUCGCUCUACAGUGGGAUCGAGGGGCUCAGUGAAUCACCCACAAGGAAUGCUGCACUAAGUAGGAUAAUGGGUAAAUACCAGCUGUCUCCAACGGUGAAUAUGCCCCAAGAUGACAUGGUCAUUAUUGAAGAUGAUAGAUUGCCAGUACUUCCACCACAUCUUUCUGACCAGUCAUCAUCUAGUUCCCAUGAUGAUGUGGGUUUUGGAACAGUGGAUGCUGGUGCAUGGACUAAAGGCACAAUUAAUGAGUCCACAGACUGCACCCUUAGUCCAGAUGUUGAUCCAGUGCUUGCCUUCCAGCGAGAGGGUUUUGGACGACAGAGCAUGUCAGAAAAGCGCACAAAGCAAUUUUCAGAUGCCAGUCAGUUGGAGUUCGUUAAAACACGAAAAUCCAAAAGCAUGGAUUUAGUAGCUGACGAGACUAAGCUCAGUACAAUGGAUGACCAGAAAACAGGUUCCCCAACCAGAGAUGUGGGACCUUCAUUAGGUCUGAAGAAAUCCAGUUCAUUAGAAAGUCUGCAGACAGCCGUUGCUGAGGUGACUUUGAAUGGCGACAUUCCUUUCCAUCGUCCGCGUCCACGGAUCAUCCGAGGACGAGGCUGCAAUGAGAGCUUCAGAGCUGCAAUUGACAAGUCAUAUGAUAAGCCUGUUGCAGAUGAUGAUGAUGAAGGCAUGGAAACUUUGGAGGAAGACACAGAGGAGAGUUCAAGAUCAGGUAGAGAAUCUGUGUCCACAGCAAGUGACCAGCCAUCUCACUCACUAGAGAGGCAGAUGAAUGGAAGCCAAGAUAAGGGGGACAGAAGAAAAGCUGGAAAGGAUAAGAAGAAAGACCGAGAUAAAGAGAAGGAUAAAAUCAAGGCAAAGAAAGGAAUGUUGAAAGGCUUGGGAGAUAUGUUCAGGUUUGGCAAACAUCGCAAAGAUGACAAGAUUGAGAAAACUGGUAAAAUAAAAGUGCAGGAAGCCCUCACUUCAGAAGAGGAGAGAAUACGAAUGAAGCAAGAACAGGAGAGAAUUCAAGCUAAAACACGAGAAUUUCGAGAGAGACAAGCUCGUGAACGUGACUAUGCUGAGAUCCAAGAGUUUAACCGGACUUUUAGCUGUGAUGCUGAUCCAAUGUAUGCUGGAAUUGCUUCUUAUGACUCUUCUACAAAUAGUGGUACAAUGACUUUGAAUACCAGACCACAGAGCCCUAGGGAAGGACAGACUGUUGAAGCGUUGUACGCCCAAGUGAAAAAACCACGAAAUUCAAAAUCUUCACCUAUAGACAGCAACAGAUCAACUCCUAACAAUCAUGACCGGAUACAGCGUCUGAGGCAAGAAUUUCAGCAAGCAAAGCAAGAUGAGGAUGUAGAAGACCGGAGACGUACCUAUAGUUUUGAACAACCGUGGCCAAGCUCCAAGACAUACUCACAGAGUGGCAGACACUCCGUGUCUGUAGAAGUUCAGAUGCAGCGGCAGCGACAGGAAGAGAGGGAGAGUUUUCAGCAAGCUCAGCGCCAGUACAGUUCAUUACCCAGGCAAAGCAGAAAAAAUGCCAGUUCUGUAUCACAAGAUUCCUGGGAGCAGAGCUAUUCUCCUGGUGAAGGGUUCCAGACUGCAAAAGAAAACCCCAGGUAUUCCAGCUAUCAGGGAUCAAGAAACGGCUACAUGGGAGGACAUGGCUUCAAUGCGAGGGUAAUGCUGGAAACACAGGAACUGCUCCGUCAAGAACAGAGGCGGAAAGAACAACAACUGAAAAAAAAGACAUCUUCUGAAGGGUCUAACAAUUAUGACUCGUAUAAAAAAAUUCAGGACCUUAAUUACACCCCUCCAAAAGGCCCUUUUCGGCAAGAUGUACCACCUUCACCUUCUCAGGUAGCUAGGCUGAACAGAUUACAAACGCCGGAAAAGGGAAGACCAUUUUAUUCUUGAACUGAAGCAAAAGAAGAUCAAUGUAUCACGCAAUAAGGAACAAUUUCAUAUAAAGACUUGUAUUUUGAAAACUUUUUAAACUGAUGGUACUAAGGGGUAUAUGUGUUGUCUGUUUCAGUGCCUUUAACAAUAUAGGCAGAGAGUUGGUGGGCCUUAUGUCUUUGCCAUUCUGUCUCAAGUGUUAUAUUCAUGGAAGGAUUUUCCACCAUUUGACAAUCAUACCUUAGGUAAGCAACAUGUCUCCCUUGGUUACCGAGCAUCCUAGUCCAGUCCAAUAGCUGUCAAUGGCUUAUAAGAAUUUGUUAUAAUGCAUUCUGUUUUUCAGUGAGUUAUUACACCAACAUACAACGCUGUGGCAUAAAAUUAAUGAAUCUGAAGUUGAAGAAAGCAUUGACAUACCUUUUUUUUUUUAUUUCUCUUGGGGUGAGGGGCGGGUUACAUAUCACUUCGGAGUGGAUAGGGCUCAAGUCCACUCAGGAUAUCACUUUAAGAUGUUUUAUGGUGGAGUCAUUUACAGUCUUUGUUGAUCAAUAUUUAACUGUCUAUAUGCUGAAAUUUUUUUUCCUACUAUGCACAUGUGCAUUGCCUCUUCCCCCACCCCCCUGCACUUAU